AUCCUCACCACCCCUAGCGGCAAGAGGGAAUCUUUUUAAACCCUGGGUCCCGACGCUCGAAAAAUUCCGCCUUAGGGGUAAGAUAUCUCUCAAGCGAUUGCAACUGUCCCGCUUCUAGCGUAUAUAACGAGAAGAGUAUUUAAACAAAUAGGUAGCCGCACCUUUGCUCCCUUCGUUUCUGGUUUCUAGCUCUCGCAGGAACCAACCUCCAGAGAAAAAAAGAAAAACAGAAACCCCCCCGCCCCCCAGAUGAACCAAACCGCAGUCAUGAGCAGUGAUAAUAGAUCUGUUGUUACUACGGUCCAAAUUCUUGGAAAAGACACUAUUAAAGCCGGUUACGACCUCACAGACAGCAUCACGGCAGAUAUACUACAGAACUUGACUUCGUCGACAUAUGUCCUAAUAACCGACACAAACCUUGCACCUCUCUACCUCUCCGCCUUCGAAUCCUCUUUCAGCAAGAAUGCACUCAAGUAUUCUUCUGAGGCCCGCCUCCUCUCAUACAUUAUCCCACCGGGCGAGUACUCAAAGUCUCGUUCCACGAAAGCCGAGGUGGAGGACUGGAUGCUCUCGGAGAAAUGUACCCGUGACACAGUAGUCAUCGCACUUGGAGGCGGCGUCAUUGGAGAUAUGAUCGGGUAUGUGGCUGCAACAUUCAUGCGUGGGGUUAGAUUCAUUCAGGUGCCGACUACACUGUUGGCUAUGGUGGACUCUUCAAUUGGCGGGAAGAUGGCGAUUGACUCGCCGCAUGGGAAAAAUUUGAUUGGGGCCUUUUGGCAGCCAGAGAGAAUUUUCAUAGAUAUGAAGUUCUUGGAGACUUUGCCGGAGAGGGAGUUUGUCAAUGGGAUGGCGGAGGUUGUAAAGGUGAGUUUUUGCUGAAACAUGUGGGGAUGUCGAGAGGGCAGUGCCUAAUGGAGGUGGUGAUAGACAGCUGCCAUCUGGGAUGAGGCCGAGUUUGCUAGAUUGGAACAGAAUGCCGAGUUGAUCCUUGAGACUGUCCAAUCCAAGAGCGCCGAAAGCGGUAUGCUGCUUUUCGCCUAUUGCUUGGGUUGAUUUUGCUGACAGCAGAUAGGCAAAGCUCGGAUCGGAAGCUUUCAGAAUGUGUUCAAAGAUGUCAUCCUGGGCUCUGUACGUGUUAAGGCACAUGUGGUAUCGGCAGACGAGCGCGAGGGAGGGUUACGAAACUUACUCAACUUUGGUCACUCUAUCGGGCAUGCUAUUGAAGCUAUCCUAUUUCCACAAAUGCUCCACGGAGAGUGUGUAGCAAUUGGAAUGAUCAAAGAGGCCGAGCUCGCCCGACACUUGGGCGUUUGCAAACCUGGCGCUGUCGCGAGACUAUCCAAAUGCUUGACUAGCUAUGGCCUCCCGACCUCUCUCGAAGACAAGCGUGUCAAGAAGCUUACUGCUGGAAAGCACUGCGAGGUUGAGAGAAUGCUUUCAAUUAUGGGCGUUGACAAGAAGAAUGACGGGCGUAAGAAGAAAGUAGUCCUCCUCGCCGCAAUUGGCAGAACCUAUGAGAAGAAGGCAUCUGUGGUUGACGACGACUCUAUUCGGGUUAUUCUCUCGCCAAGUGUCAUCGUUCAUUCGCAGAGAUCCUGUGUUCCAGAACUGGAAGUUACUCCUCCGGGAUCGAAGUCUAUAUCCAAUCGCGCGCUUGUCCUAGCGGCGUUGGGCUCCGGAACUUGCCGUAUCAAGAAUCUUCUCCACUCUGAUGACACCGAGCACAUGCUUACUGCCCUUCAUAAGUUGGGAGGGGCCCAGCAUUCUUGGGAAGAGGAUGGUGAUGUUCUCGUAGUGAAUGGAAACGGUGGUAAGCUUCGUGCUUGUAGAGACGAGCUGUAUCUGGGCAACGCGGGAACCGCAGCGCGUUUUCUAACUUCCGUCGCUACUCUGGUGUCUCCUUCGGGCGAACAUGAUUCUACUGUUCUUACAGGGAAUGCCCGUAUGAAGCAACGACCAAUUGGAUCUCUUGUCGACGCCCUUCGCUUAAACGGGAGCAUUGUUGAAUAUCUCGAGAGCCAAGGCAGUCUUCCAGUUCGUGUUCCUUCGACAUCGGGACUUACCGGAGGAAGGAUUGAGCUUGAAGCGAAGGUGUCAUCUCAGUAUGUAUCCUCGAUUUUGAUGUGCGCACCAUAUGCUCGUGAGCCGGUCACAUUGUCGCUUGUCGGCGGGAAGCCGAUUUCUCAGCUCUAUAUCGAUAUGACUAUCGCCAUGAUGUCCUCUUUCGGGAUUAUGGUCGAAAAGUCGGCAACUGAGGAGCACACCUAUCAUAUCCCCCAAGGAUUUUACAAGAACCCGGCAGAGUAUGUUGUUGAGAGCGAUGCCAGCUCUGCUACUUAUCCUCUUGCUAUCGCGGCUGUCACUGGGAGUACCGUUACUGUACCGAAUAUUGGUAAGAAGUCUCUUCAGGGGGAUGCCCGCUUUGCUGUGGAUGUUCUCAGGCCAAUGGGAUGCACUGUUGAGCAGUCAGACUAUUCAACUACCGUUCGAGGUCCGCCAAAGGGCCAACUGAAGCCGUUACCGCAAGUUGACAUGGAGCCUAUGACUGAUGCUUUCUUGACUGCAUCGGUUCUCGCGGCUGUCGCCAAUGGCACGGAGAGGACCUCUAUUACCGGUAUUGCUAAUCAACGUGUGAAAGAAUGCAACCGGAUUUCUGCCAUGGUUCACGAACUUGGGAAAUUUGGCGUUGCUGCCGGCGAGCUGGAAGAUGGUAUUUGGAUCCAAGGAAUAGACUACAGCUCACUGAAAACACCCGAAGGCGUUCACUGUUACGAUGACCAUCGGGUCGCUAUGAGUUUUUCGGUUCUAGCACUCAUUGCACCAAAUCCAGUCGUUCUACAAGAGAGAAAGUGCGUCGAGAAGACAUGGCCCGGUUGGUGGGAUGUGUUGUCUACCUCUUUCAACGUUGGCCUGAGCGGUGUCGAGCUUCUGGAGGAUUCGCAAGUUAGGGAGGCGUCGGUGAAGAGGGGCUCCAAUCGCACGAUCGUCAUUAUCGGCAUGAGAGGUGCUGGUAAGACAACUAUGGGCAUCCGGGCUGCUCAAAUCCUGAACCGUCCGGUUCUAGAUUUAGACACCGUGCUUGAGGAGGAACAUAAGAGUACGCUACCAGAGAUUAUCAAAGAACAUGGCUGGGAUGCAUUCCGGAAGCUGGAAUCGGAGCUUCUACAAAGACAUCUUAGGGCUCACCCAGACAAUUAUGUUCUCGCCUGCGGGGGAGGUAUAGUGGAGACGCCGAUUGCAAGGGACCUCCUGAAGCAGUACUAUUAUACCGGGGGAAUCGUCGUUCAUGUCCAUCGUAAUAUAGAAAGGGUCAUGGAGUACCUUAACAUCGACAAAACUAGACCCGCGUACGUGGAGGAUAUGGUUGGUGUUUGGAAUCGUCGCAAACCUUGGUAUACUGAAUGUAGUAAUUACCAGUACUACAGCCCGAUUGUAUCCAAGAGUGAUCUGGCUAUUGCGCAGGCGGACUUUUCCAGGUUCCUCACGGUCAUUACUGGAAACUCAGAUUACCACGGGAGGAUUCUUAAGAAGACAAGGUCUUUCUUUGUUUCUUUGACUUAUCCUAACCUAGAGGAGGUGACGGGUGCUGUCAGCGCUGUUACUAUCGGCUCUGAUGCGGUUGAGGCGAGGAUUGACUUGCUAACUGAUCCUACGGAUUCGGAUGGGGUUGCAACUCCGGCGUUUGUAACUGAGCAGCUAGCUGUCUUGAGGGCAAAAACUCAACUCCCGGUGGUUUUCACCAUCAGGACCAAGAGUCAGGGCGGGAAGUUCCCCGAUGAAGAUCACGAACGUGCUUUGGAGCUCUACCUGACUGCCCUUAGAAUGGGAUUGGAGUAUAUCGAUCUCGAGGUUACUUGGCCCGUUCCAUUACUUGAGAAGGUCACUUCAGGGAAGGGCUACAGCAAGAUUAUCGCCUCACAUCACGAUCUUGGCGGAGACCUCCGCUGGGGUAAUGCGUCUUGGAUUUCUAGAUUUAACACUGCUCUCAAAUACGGGGAUGUGAUCAAGCUCAUCGGUCAGGCAAUGAGCAUACAAGACAACUACGACUUGGAGAAUUUUAGGAAAUAUGCCGCCACCCACGAAACUCGUUUGAUAGCGCUAAACAUGGGCGAAAAGGGCAAGCUUAGUAGGGUCCUGAACACCUUCUUGACUCCCGUCACCCACCCGGCGCUGCCAUUCAAGGCGGCGCCGGGUCAAUUGUCGAUAGUAGAGAUCCACCAAGCUCUCUCCUUAACGGGCGUGAUUGAAGCAAAGAAGUUUUACAUUUUCGGCACACCGAUCAUCCACUCCCGCAGCCCAGCGCUACACAACACCUUAUUUCAGUCCCUUGGCCUACCACAUACCUACCGCCUCUUUGAAUCUACUGACGUCUCUGCCACCAGAGAGAUCUUGGACAGCGAAGACUUUGGAGGGGCAUCCGUCACGAUCCCGCACAAAGUCUCUAUGAUCCCCCUCUUAUCCUCCAUCUCUGCCCAUGCUCAAGCUAUCGGCGCUGUAAACACCGUCAUCCCGGUUACCGUGGAAGAUGGAACGCGCAGGCUUAUAGGAGACAACUCUGACUGGGCCGGUAUCCAAAACUCCCUCCGUAUUGGCGGCGCAUCCGAACUGGAGGGCUCCUCUACAGCAACGGCGUUGGUAAUCGGCGCCGGCGGAACCUCCCGUGCAGCAGUCUACGCUCUACACAUGAUGGGUUAUCGCAAGAUAUACGUCAUUAACCGCACUCCUGAGAAUCUUAAAUCCCUAGUAGGGGCGUUCCCAAAAGAGCACAACCUCGUGGCGAUAAAUUCCCUCGCCGAGGCCAAGAGUGUGAAAGUCAAGCCGAUCACGGCAGUUUGUACCAUCCCAGCGGAUAAGCCUAUUGACGGUGCGCUCAAGGAUAUACUACAGGAAUUGCUCGCUGGCGGAGCGUGCGCGAAGGUUCUGGUAGAGAUGGCAUAUAAACCGACGGUCACCGAGGUUAUGACCCUGGCGGAGGGGGCUGGGUGGCGAGUUGUUCCCGGCUUAGAAGCGUUGGUCGGACAAGGAGUUAAGCAGUUUGAGGUUUGUGUUCUUUUUCCCUACUGGGCUGGGCUGUGACUAAUAAUUGAGCAGGUUUUUACUGGGGGGAUUGUCCCAGAUUACAAAGUCGCGAGGGCGGCGGUUCUUGGGGAGUAGGUGGCUUUGAUUCUGGAAAUGUGUACCCGUGCUCUGGUGCCACGCGCUAUGGGGGUCCAAUGGGGUAUUCGUUAUAUUAUGGAAAUUCUGGUUGUGGGGAUGAUAGUGAGAUUGUGAGCGUGGUUUGUCAUAGAAUAUUGCUUAUCAUAUUCUGGGACGUACCCCCGGAUAGUUGCCUGCCCCUACCACACAAAUUUGUGUAUCAGGCUAUGUAAAUAUCUCCCCACUCGCGCAACUAUAUCUGCCGCUGGGAAUUCCUCACUGGACAGCAUUAGCAGAACUCCCAUCUUUAGAAAGACGAGUGAGAACCUAUGACUAGAACAACUCUCUAAUCAAUAGCACGUCCUUCCUCACGCGGCUAGGGUAAUUGGAGUCCUAAGAUGGCCUUUCCCUUUCGUGGCAUUUCACCAUAUAAGCAUGUUUCGGGUGGUAUAAAGGUG